AUGGUAUUUAAAGGAACAGCUUCAUUAAUUGUUCGACUUAGUCGAGCAUUUAUUUCUCGCCCAUUUAAACCUAUAUUUACAACUCGUAUUAAUCAAAAACCUCAAUUGAAUAAAACUCAUCAAAUUUAUUCAAAAUAUCCUCAAAGAUAUUAUUUAUUUCCUUCAAUUUAUCGUUCAAUUUUUGUUUCAUCAAAUGGACAAAAUCUUUCGCAUUUAAUGCCAUUCCGAAAUGCUUUGAAUGAAAUUAAACGACGAUUAUUUUUUGCUGCACCAAGUAGUUCUCGUCUUAUUUUGGGUCUACUUGGCUAUUCAGUUGUUCAACAAUCAUCUAUUGAUAAUUUUCGUCUUGAUGAAACAUUAAAUAAAAUUGGUAAUCUUCUUUCUAAAACAACUAUCGUGGAUCAAUUUAAUGAUGAACAUGAAAAAUAUAGUCGAGCAUCACUCGACGAUUAUGAAUUAGGUCGUUUACUUGGUUGUGGUUGUAAUGCAGCUGUAUAUGAAGCACGACUUCGAUCAUCAUCUAAUACUAUACCAUCAAAUUCUAACAUACAUUUUGAAAACCAUUCAAAUGAAAGUGAUUUUGAAAUACUUUCACGUCAAUCAUCAAAUAUUUCAUCAUCGUCAUCAUCUUCAUUGUAUGAAGAUAUAAAUGAUAUUUGUAAUGAUGUUAAUGAAGAUCGACUCAAUGAACUGACGUUAAAAGAAGGUGAUUUCUUUUCAAUAAUAAUUAGUUUAGAUAUAGUGGAUUGUGCUAAUAGCUUUUAUUAUUUAAUUCUAGUUCGAUAUCGAGUAUCAACAAAUAUGAAUCAAUCGUCGAAUAUUAAUUCGGAUGUUUUACCAGCCGGUCAAUUUAAUUUAGCAAUAAAAAUGUUAUUUAAUUAUGGUAUUCAAUCAAAUGCCGAAGCAAUCGAAAAAGCUAUGGAAAAAGAAUUAUUACCAUUACGUAAAUGUUUUUAUCAUCCAAAUGUUGUUCGUAUGUAUUCAUGUUUUGUUGAUUCAUUUCCAUUAUUAAAUGAAGCACAUGAAUAUUAUCCAAUGGCUAUUCCAACACGUUUAUCAUCGGAUAGUUAUGGACGAAAUAAAACAUUAUUUAUUGUUAUGCGACGAUAUGAUUUAACAUUAAAUCAAUAUAUUCAAUUAAAUAAACCAAAUACUCAUGAACGUUUAUUACUUUUUUCACAAUUACUCGAAGCUUUAUUAUAUUUAAAUAAUCAUUCGAUUGUUCAUCGAGAUUUAAAAAGUGAUAAUUUACUUAUCUGUAAUGAAACCGGUGAAUUAGUAUUAGCAGAUUUUGGUUGUGCACUUUAUCAUCCACCAGAUUUAAAAGUUUCGUAUCAAACUGAUGAAAUUUCUAAAGGUGGCAAUCUUGCAUUAAUGGCACCUGAAAUUUUAACAUGUCAACCAGGUCCAAAAUGUUAUCUUGAUUAUAGGAAAUCGGAUCUUUGGGCAAGUGGCACUUUAUGUUAUGAAUUUUUUUCUCAAACAAAUCCAUUUUUUCAUGGUACACUUCGACAAGAUAACUAUGAUGAUGAAAAAUUACCAUCAUUUUCAUCAAAAGCACCUUCAAUUAUCGAACGACUUGUACAUUCAAUGCUUCGCAAAAAUCCGGAAAAGCGUCCAUCAAUAUUACUUGCAAGUAAUUGUAUUCAUUUGUGUCUUUGGUUUAAAUCAAUAAAAUCCCAAAAUGAACUUUAUCAAGCAUAUAUGUGGACGGCAUUGAAAACAUUAUUUAAUAAACAUAGAUUAACAUGUGUUGAACUUAAUUCAAAAAAACUUUUUUUCGAAAGACAAACUUGUCAAUCACUUUAUCAAGCACAGACAUUUCUCAACCAACUUUAA